AAAAACAGAAUUUAUUGAAAUCUCUAAAUGGAUUCUUCAAUUAGUAAUAUAAUGGUUGAUAGAGAGGAAAAUGAUGCUUUGUGUAUAAAAUACGGGGAACUUCUUCCUUUGAUCCCAAAAACAAAAGAUGACAUUAAAUUAAAAAAUCAAUUGCAUAUCGCUCUGAAAUAGCAAAGCUUCAUUGGUUCUUUAGCUACCACAAAGGAAUGGACUAAAACUUUAUUGCAUACUAGCACAUUGAUUAGUAAAGAAGCAUAUGUCAGAUCACUGAACUCAAUGGAGGCAUUUUAUGAAAAACAACAAAAUGAGUCAGCAGAAAAUCAAACUAAGAGUCUUUCGCCUAUAAAACAUUAGUUUGAAGAUCUAUCUGAUUAUACUUUCAAAUUGAUGAACGGUAUAAAGAAGGUGAGAUUUAGAUUAAAUUCAGAUUAUCAAGCAUGAC